GAAAGGCUUCCUGUACAUUUUCAAAAAAAGGCGACCGUUAGUGUUAACGUAGUUCUUAAACACAUUAAUCGUUAAUAGCGGACACAUUUUAUUGUUGGAUUAUUACUGGUUAUCAAGUUGGAAGAGGCAGUUAUGAACACUUCUGCGGUGGAAUCUGUUGUCACCUGUGAACCGUACAACUUUCUGGAAUGCCAUUUAGCGCGCUGGAUUUGGCGCAUUCUGCCGGGAUUGUGCAUCUGCGUUGGAACGAUCGGCAAUCUGCUGAACGUCAUCAUACUGAAACGACUUAAUCUACGACGAUUCCCCAGGAAUAUAUUUCUAGUGUUUCUUGCAGUGAGCGAUGCAACGUUUCUUUGGACGUUCGCUCUUAACGACGUCCUGUUUGCGUUACACGGGUACACCUUUCUCGAACAUGGCGAUGUUCUCUGUAGGACAACAUGGUUCGUUGGGUACACAGCUGGAGCUUUCUCUACUUGGGUAUUAGUUCUUCUGACAAUGGAAAGAACGUUGGCGUUGAAGGCUCCAGUGUUUUCGCGAAAAAUGCUAACCAUGAAGAAUUGUAAUUUAGCAUGCGGCGUGACCUUGACCGUCAUUGCGGUACUCAAUUGCAACGUUCUCUACGGUUUCGACUAUAAGGAUUAUGCCCAUGGUGAACAACUUAGUCCUGAAUUCCAAAAUGUUACAAAAAUUGUAGCGAGUGACUAUCCAUGUUUCUUUGUGUCAAAGGGGUACAUGGAUUUUUAUUACACCAAAUGGAAUAUCAUUUCAAUGACGUUGUAUUUCGUUAUACCGAUUGUUUUUUCUAUUGUUGGAAAUAUAAAUAUAGCGAUGGUAAUAGUUUUAAGAAGACGAAAAACGGCUAAAAACAAGGUACCGGAUAUGAUUUUUACCUUGACUUCAAGCGCAAGAGAAUAUGGAAAAUCAACUGACGGCACUUGUAAUUCGUCAACUGAUUUUAAUUACACAAACGUUAUAUUGCAAAAUACGAACUUUUCUAUGGUGGGUACAAUUAAUUCAGACAGAGACGAAACUCAACUUAAAACGGACCUGUCCACAUCGAAUACGAAACCAACACGAGACGGUUCUUUUAAUAGACAUGAUACAACAAUAACCAAAUCGGAAUCUAAGAAGAAGAAGCGGAAGGGAAAAAGAGGCCAACAUGCAACGAGACUUUUGUUUUGUAUCUGCGUCAGUUUGAUACUAACAUCCAUUCCGUGUGCCGUUUACGAAGUUAUCCGAGGACACCUUGAGGAUGUAUCACCCAAAGUGGCUUCCAGUCUCCAGCUGUCAAGGGCGGUCACACAUUCACUGUUGUAUAUGAAUUUUGCAUUGAACUUUUUCUUUUACUUCGUUUCCGGAACGCUGUUCAAAAACGAAUGGAAGAAAAUGGUGCGCCAGACAAGACAAUCAUUAAAGAGACUACACAUAUGUUAACAUUGAGACUGGACCAUACAUGAGCCGCGACAUGCGAAAAUGGGUCUUCUGCCAUAUGCAGCCAUUGCAGCUCCACACCAACUUGUGGAAUCGAAGUAUGGACAGGAGCUACGCUGUCAGCGAUGAGUAAACUCACUACGCUGUCAGCGAUGAGUAAACUCACUACGCUGUCAGCGAUGAAUAAACGCAAGCUUUCGUGGUCUCAUUAGCGGACAAGGUAACUCCUGAACCGACUGAACGGAACUGCAGGCUGGGUUGGAGUUAUGCAGGCCGCAUAUGGCAUAAGACCCGUUUCUGCUCUACUCAGCAUAUAUCUGCGCAAAGUGAGGCAUAGCCUUUGUUUAAACGCAUUUACAACGUGUCCUUUUCAUUCAGAGUUAAACGUGAGAUAAUUGAGAAGAGACUUGAAUACUUUGCAUCAGAUGUUAUGGAAAUAUCAGUCGUCAUUGAUGAGUCCGUAUUUGCAUGAACGUUAAACCAAACUUGCUUAAACAUGUUUAUAAUCUACUGACACUUGUAGCGAAUUUAAAACAAAUAGAAUGUAUGAAUUAAAACAUAUGUAUUGGUUUUUACACGUUUAAGAUAUAAAGGUUUGAUGGUUUUAAGAUAAACGGAUAUGAUCAGUGUGGUCCAUAUAUCCAAGGAACUUCAAAAGCAUGAUCGCUUUUAGACAUUUAUGCCCGGCUAUUUCUAGGGUUUUAUCAAACGUUAACAAAAGUAUUAUGCGAUUGGUCUGCGAGAAACUUGUUUAGAUAUUUCAAAUUGACCGAACUGAUGACCUUCGCCUUGUUAGGUGGACGCCGUUCUUUACACCGCUGUAAUGUAUUGAUAAUAAUUAGCGAUUCUAGAAAAAACAAUUCAAAUCGACUAUAUAUAUUGCCCAGUUAAUUUAUUAUCCAAGUACAUGGUGUAGCACUCUUUGACAGAAACAUGUGAGCCCAGACGAAAAAAAUAAGGGUAAGAAGAUAAAAAGGUUUUUAAUCUUCAGCAAUCAUAUUGCAACUUUCUAUGAUGUCAAUACCAAUGAGUAUUUGCAUAACGUGAUUUUUGACACGCUUGACAUGUGUAUCGAUUUCUUAUUUAGGGCUUUUGCCCUGUGUCAACUUUGCCCCAGUCGCUCUGUGGGCAUAAUUUACCUAGUCGGUGGUGUUUUUACAUUACAUAACAAUAUAUAUAAACAUAUACAAUUAUAUAAUUGCACACUCACUUCCAAAAGUGUACGACGUAGACUUACGUAUUUAUCAUUUGCUUUCGAAUUUAUCAUAAAUGACUAUUGAAAGUAUUGAUAUUUUAUCCAAUCAUUUGUGUAAUGUUUUAUAGCAUUUUAGUUUCUAGCUAUUUCCAUGAUAUAGGUAGACAAAAGAAAAUAUCAUUCCUCUGCAAAAAACAGACUCUAUUGACGAUCUUAGUAUUUAUAGAGGAAUAAUGCUUGUUAGUUGCUUUUCUAAGUUGUUCACAACCAUUUUUAACAAAGGUAUCGAAUUGUUUUGUAAAUAUACUUCUUAAAUUUCAGAUUCACAAUUUGGAUUUUGCAAAUAUUGUUCAAUUGUUCAUGUUAUUUGUUUUUUAUGUCUCUUGUGCAACACGUUUUGAAUGAAAACAAACGUUUGUAUGUACUAUAAUUGAUUUGUUUAAAUGUUUUGUAUAUAUUGUAGUUAGUGAUAUUAAAUAUGUAUAAAUCUGGUAUACAUGUUCCCACUUUUUUAAACUUCGAAUAUAACUACUACAGUAGUCAUGCUUUUGUAUAUGAAUUUAUAUGCAGACUUUUUGACGCCUUAAGAAUGAAUGGUUUGGUAAUAGGUAUGAAUAUAUGUUCUAGAUAUGCAUAUACUUUUAAAAACUACUAUUGAAUAUGAAUGCUACUUGGAUUUAUAGGAAAGGAGUCUACGUUUAUAAUUUGUAAAAUUUAGGGCUUCUGCCCGCCCCUUGAAGAUACUCACGCAACAAUAUUCCUCGUGAAGAACAUUAUUGCCUUUUUUUUGUAAUACACGGUAGAGGCUGAAUUCAAUUUCUUUAUGAUUGUUCAUGCUACAGUUUACUACGACAAAUAUAUAUUUAACGGAUUCCCUAAUGAAUUCAUCCGUUGUUCAGUUCCAUAAUUUAUCGACAUCAAUAUGACCAUUAGAAAUAUUUAUGGACAUAAAUAUGUAAACGAAAAAUUUAUAAAACUAAAUUUUAUCAUACAUACAAGUUAAUUGAAAUUUUGAAAUAAAUUGUUUUCUUUUUUUCCCUUGACAAACGUUUAUGUAUCAAGUAUCUGACAUAAUUUGAUAUAAUGUGCAAUAAUUUAUUUAGUUAUAAUUUUUGUUAAAAUUAUAUCAUUUAAACCAUAGUUAAUCAAACAUAAUAUUUUAUCAUUACUGCCUUUAAAAUUGAAUUGUUCUUGACAAACACACACACGCGCGCGCGCGAACGUACGCAUACAUACAUUUUUGAUUUGGUUACCAUUAUUAUAUAAUGAUACCUGACAUUACUGUAUUUAUAAUUGUAUGCAGUAACAACGAUGUACACAUGAGUAAGUGUUAAUAAACUUUCUGUUCUGUUCUGUU